CAGACAACAUUACUUUUUGUACAGUACAGCAGUAAUCAUGUCAGCCGAAACCAAAGGGAAGAAGCGCAAGUCGGGCGACAACGUUGAGCCGCUUGCGAAGAAGGCUAAGACAACACCUGCGACGGUGAAAAAGUCCGCAGAUCGACCUCUGCCCGCGAAGUCUGCUCUGAAGACCGCCAAGUCGGAGAACAAGACUGUCGUUGUCAGUGAGAAGACAGUCAAAGAGAAGGAAAAGAAAGGUAGUAAGAAGGCUUCCAAGAAGGUGGUCGAAGAGAAGGAGGUCAUCGUCGAGUCCAAGCCAGAAGCAGAAGCAGUCGUCGCAGAAGCCACCAACGACGACUCCGAGUCCGACGGCGGCGCAGAACUCACUCCAGACCAGACUGCCGCUCUCCUUGCCGGCUUCUCUUCCGAUGAAAGCGAGGGAGAAGACGACAUUGACCGCGACCAAGACGGCAUCCCCAUCGAAAGCCUCCCAGCUCUUCCUAAAACCGAAAAAGCCAUCGCGCGCGAACUGAAAAUCUCGCGCAUCAAGCCCAAGAACAUCAAUGGCGCUUCUUCAGACCCCGAAGCCACACCAGGCGUCAUCUACAUCUCCCGCCUCCCACACGGCUUCUACGAAAAACAACUCCGCGCCUACUUGACACAGUUCGGCGAUGUCACGAAUCUCCGCCUCGCAAGAAAUAAGAAAACGGGAAAGAGUCAGCAUUACGCGUUCAUCGAGUUUGCAGCAGCUGCUGUGGCGGAUAUUGUCGUCAAGACUAUGGACAAAUAUCUCAUGUUUGGACAUAUCUUGCAAUGCAAGCGUGUGCCAGCUGAGCAAGUCAAAGAGGGCAUGUGGAAAGGUACGAAAGCGGUCAAGGGAAACGGGAAAGCGAGACCGAGAAACAGGAUUGAGGGGAGCAGAUUGAGAAAGGGGACCGAUCGGGAGGGCUGGGAGAAGAGGAUUACCAGGGAGAGUGAGAGGAGGAAGGAGAAAGCAGAGAAAUUGAAGGAAAUGGGAUACGACUUCGACAUGCCUGAUGUCAAGCCUGUAGAGGGUGUGGCGGCGAAGGAAAAGAAGAGUAUCGAGCAGGUCAGCGCUGGGGCUACGGCUGAGGAGGUCGUGAAGGCGAUCCAAAACGGCACCGAGCCGGGCAAUGGAGAGAUUGUCGAGGAGACUGUUCUCGCUACUGUCAAUGCUGGAGCAGAGGGACAGGCUAUCGUUGCUGAGAAAACUACAAAGAGGAAGAGCAAGAGCGGUGAGGUCAAGGUUACCAAAGAGAAGGCGAAAAAGAGGAAGACCAAGGCUUAAAACGAACUUCUCAUCACUUGGGCGUAUCGGUGUUUAUCCCAAUUGAGCCCAGCAGCUCACAUUUCACAUUUCACAA